AUGAAUUCAACAAUUAAAAUUCUUACUUCUAAUACACAAAACAUAAUUGCAAACGAAAAUGAAAACAUCUUUGCCGCAACAAUAACUACCACAAAAACAACCGCUGUUGUUAAAAAGGCUUUAAAUAAACUAGAAGAAAAAUCAACUGAAAUCGAGGAAAUAGUUGAUCAAUAUCAACUAGAUGAACCUUUGUUAAAGCCAAAUCCAAGAAGAUUUGUUUUAUUUCCUAUACAAUAUCAUGAGAUCUGGCAAAUGUAUAAGAAAGCUGAAGCAUCAUUUUGGACCGUUGAAGAAGUCGAUUUAUCAAAAGACAAUCAUGAUUGGGAGAAUAGACUUAACGAUGAUGAAAGAUUCUUUAUUUCGCAUAUAUUGGCAUUUUUUGCUGCUUCAGAUGGUAUUGUUAAUGAGAAUUUGGUGGAAAGAUUUAGCAAUGAAGUACAAAUUCCUGAAGCACGUUGCUUCUAUGGAUUUCAAAUAAUGAUUGAAAACAUACAUUCGGAAAUGUAUUCUCUUCUUAUCGAUUCUUAUAUAAAAGAUCCUGUGCAGAAAGAAUAUUUAUUUGAUGCUUUUGAAACCAUACCAUGUAUUAAAAAGAAAGCUGAAUGGGCAUUGAGAUGGAUAUGCGAUCAGAAAUCAUCGUUUGCGGAAAGGCUUGUAGCAUUUGCAGCAGUCGAAGGAAUAUUUUUUUCUGGGGCAUUUGCUUCUAUUUUCUGGCUGAAGAAAAGAGGAAUGAUGCCAGGUUUAACAUUCUCCAACGAGUUGAUUUCCAGAGAUGAAGGACUCCACACUGAUUUUGCAUGUUUAUUGUUUAAUCAUUUGAAAAAUCGAAUAUCUCAACAACUCGUUACAAAAAUUAUCACUGAAGCGGUUAUUAUUGAACAAGAAUUUUUGACCGAUGCAUUACCAUGCAAUCUCAUUGGUAUGAACGCAACGCUAAUGAAACGUUACAUAGAAUUCGUUGCAGAUAGGUUAUUAGUGUCAUUGAAUUGUCCUAAAUAUUAUAAAUCAGAAAAUCCUUUUGAUUUUAUGGACUUGAUUAGUUUGCAGGGUAAAACUAAUUUCUUUGAAAAACGUGUAUCGGAAUAUCAAAAGGCUGGUGUUAUGUCAAAUGGUGAUCCUUCAGAAAAUAUUUUUACACUUGAUGCUGAUUUCUAA